AUGUCCCAGUUUGAGAAGCGCCACGGGGGCGAAUCGAUGGGCGGGAUGGCCAUGCCCAUGCUGAUGCACAUGUGGUUCACCACCGACUACAAGAACUACCCCGUGCUCUUCAAGACGCUUUCCGCCACCAACAAGGCACAGCAGUUUGGCAUCUGGUUGUUGUUGUUUGCCGUGUGUAUGCUUUCCAAAGGGCUCGAAUUCCUCCGAAUCUAUCUCGAGGUGAAAGUGUGGGCGCCGGAACCACGAUGCGCCAUGGGACCCCUCAGAGCCGACCCCGAGAUUAACGCCCCGCACCACCCCAGGUUUAGAGAUAACCCUCAAUUGGAAAAAGACAACGGGGAAGACUCGCCCGAUAAAGGGCUGCUGUCACUGGAAAAGGACUAUGAAAAGGAGCACAAGGACGACGAAGUGAUCGAACCGAUGGCGCGCCCGCACCGCGGCUACCAGCGCCCGCUGUGGCCGACACGGAUCUUCCGCAACGCGGUAAUCUUGGGGUUGAUCUUUAUCCCCGAAAUGUUGAACUACGCGAUGAUGCUUUCGGUGAUGACGUACACGUUGACGUACUUCUUUGCCGUCGCCGUCGGCCAAGGGUUCGGCCGGUUUGUGUUUGAGAAGCUCAGCAUGCACUUGGGGAUCAGACCCAUGGGGAUGUCGCGUUGUUAA